AUGCAGGAGUUCCAUGCCUUUGAGCUGCAGCCCGGCAAAGAGCACCGUCUUGCGCUGCCACCCAUGCACGGCUUCCACCUUUCAGUUGUGACGAUCCCGCAUGGCGGUAAGGGCCGCAGCACGUUGUAUGCCACUGUUGAUGGUAAAUCGUUUGCCAUCGCCACACUCGAUGCCGCGCAGAACAUUCUGCAGGCACCCACAGAUCUCAUCUUCAACGAGCAGCAGCAGGUGGUGUUCCGUGUGAAGGGAAAUGCCGUUCUGCACUGCUGCGGAUACCAGCAGGAGCUCGAUGCCGAGUUCCAAGACGAGGAAGGCAGCGAAAUGGAACAGAACGGUAUGAUGAAUGAAGAGAGCGACGAGGAAAGCAGCGUGGAUAUGAAGGAUCCAACACAGGCGCCCAUGAACGGCCAUAACGACAGCGAUGAGGAUGAGGAUGAGGAAGGCAUGGAUGACUUGGAGGAUGAGGAAAUGGACGAAGAUGAUGAGGAGAUGGACGAAGAUGAUGAGGAAAUGGACGAGGAUGAUGAAGAGAUGGAUGAUGAAGAUGAUGAGGAAAUGGAUGAUGAUGAAGAAAUGGAUGAUGAUGAUGAUGAGGAGGAGGAAGACGAGGAUGAAACCAAUGAGGCUGCGGCAAAGCGUGCAAAGAUCAAUGACACCCCACAAGGUCGUCCCAGUCAACAACAACAACAACAAAAGCAACAAUCCCAGAGCCCACAAGGUCGUCCCAGUCAGCAACAACAGCAACAGAAGAAACAAGUGCAGAGUCCUCAAGGUCGCAACAGUCAACAACAACAACAGCAACAGAAGCAACAAUCCCAAAGCCCACAAGGUCGUCCCAGUCAGCAACAGAAGAAGCAAGUGCAGAGUCCUCAAGGUCGCAACAGUCAACAACAACAACAGAAGCGUGGUCGUGAAUAG